UUAAGAAUGUCGCCGACUCUCUUUCCUGGUGUUGCCCUUGUAACAGGCGCCUCUUCUGGUCAGCUCAACAACCAUUUAUCCCCAUCCGGACGACUUCAAUCUCACAUAAACNNAGGUAUCGGACGUGCAACAGCAGCAGCUUUUGCCCGUGAGGGAUGCGAACGUAUCGUUUUAGCAGACUUCUCCGGUGAAAGUCUCGAUUUGGCUCGCAGAGAAAUCAUGGCCAAUUUCCCGGAUGCUGAAGUACUUCGCGUACCGACAAAUAUCAUAUCUCCGAAGGCAGUCGAGAACCUUUUCAAUUCUCUGAUCCAUAAAUUUGGUAGGAUAGACUAUGCCGUCAAUUGUGCCGGUGUGCUCGGUGCGGCCAAGAAGUCUCAUGAGAUGAGUGUCGAGGAGUUCGAUAAUGUUAUUGAUGUUGACUAUCGUGGAACUUGGCUGUGUUCGAGAGAAGCUCUGAAGUACAUGGUUGACCAAGAGCCUUUAUCUACUCAUGAUGGACGGCCUGGCACCCGANNGGCGCCAUCGUCAAUGUUGCAAGUCAGCUCGGUAUCGUCUCACGACCUCAGGCUCCCNGCAUACUGCUCCGCCAAAGCAGCCGUCAUUGGUCUUACCAAAUCUGACGCUCUCGACGUAUGUUAUCCAUCUCCUUUGUUUGAUCCCUUGUUUCAACACACUUACUGGAAUGACCUAAAUCGCAGNUACUCACAACAUAACAUUCGCGUCAACUGUGUUUGCCCUGGUGUCAUCGAAACUCCAAUGAUCAACGAUGAAGUCAGGAAAGCCGUUUCCAUCGCUCCCAUGAACAGUCCGAAGGCCUCUUUUGUUCAAGGCGCUGCUCUAGUUGCCGAUGGAGGUUAUACCAUCAACUAA